AAAGCGUUUCUGCGCAGGUCGUUGAAAGUGGAGCCGAUACUUCGUCGGUUCUUUUCGAAGGAAGAAAUGAGUGAGUUUCAUGACGUACAGUCGGCGACAGGACUUCUUGUCUCGGGUUCAGCAGGUUACCAGUUCUUCAGCCGAGAAAUUUAUGACACCGAUCUGGAUACAUACUGUGUGCUAAAGGAGUGUCUCAUUGUGGGACAGUGGUAUAUGUCGAUCCAAUACAGAUUCGCCAGAAGAGAACAUCAGCUAUCAUCAUUCGCAGAAGAUUUCGAACGAGUGAAGAACCUACAAGAUAACGACGGCCGUGGGCAAACUGAUUAUGACGAUGAUAGCAUUGUGCAAGUAUGGGACUUUCAAAACGAUAAGGGAAUUACUAUUCAACUCAUAGCAGCACGGCACUGCGCGGUUGAUGUGGUGUUGUCAUUCCAUUCAACGUGCGUAAUGAACUUCAUCUCCCAUCGGGCAGCAUAUUCGUUGUUUCCUCGCGCGACGUUCAAGGAUAAAGUGACUGUCAAACUGGAUAAUGGGAAACAUAACCCGUCGUACGAAGCAGGAAUUCAGAAAUAUGUGAGUCGCGGUUUAAGGGUUAUCGAAACACCCGCGAUCUCGCGGAUGUUGGAUGGAAGAUCGGAUUUGGCGGCUGUCUGCCCACGAUUUAUGGACGAUUCGAGGUCGUGGUUUGUUCCGAUA